CUGUUAGGCGAAGAGUAGGGUCUGGGAGAAAAAAGAAAAUGGCGUACACACGGAGCUCCAAGAUUUUUUGUGGACCGUCAUAUCUGAAUACGGAGCGCCUACAUCUUAACCUGUUCCAAGCGAUUCCGAGCGACCGAUCGGGCGACGAGCGCGGUCUGGGAGAGAAAAGGAAAGGAAUUACACGGUGCAUAUGGGUGAGGUUAUGCUCAACUUGCUCCACUCAUUGAGAAUGGAGGACAUUACAGGUUAAAUACAUAACCUAUAAACUGGCCUCGUUCCAGGCCCGCACGUGCUGUUAGCGAUUCCCGCGCGAUAAUGCAAUAUGGCGCCCUUCAGAAAGGUUGUUAUGCAGUAAGGUUCUUUGCGGCUUGUUAUCACACCUACCAGAGAAGCGAUCUGCCUUUUCCCUUGUCGAAAAUGGCCUCCGCUGAAAGUGACAUCCCUACAGAAAUGCAGGAUAGAGGAAAGUGGUAUGGGGAUGCUGCAGAUUACUGGAAAAACAUUCCUGCCACAGUUAAUGGGAUGUUAGGAGGUUAUGCUCACAUUUCGCCUACAGACAUUAAGGAUUCAAAGCAAUUUUUAAAGAGCUUUUUAGAGUUGCCUGAUGAAUGUGAUGAGAAGACUCCUGCAAAGGUUAGACGCAUUGAGCCUUCUUCAACUAAUGACACUUCCAUAACUAGCAAAAUCAAGCCAUCCAUUGCCCUAGACUGUGGGGCUGGCAUUGGUCGUGUCACAAAGAACUUGCUGUUACCACUGUUUGACACUGUGGACAUGGUUGAACAAAACCCUGCAUUUUUGCAAAAAGCAAAAGAUUAUCUGGGAGAGAAAAAGGAUAGAAUAGGACACUUUUAUGCCCAAGGAUUGCAGGAUUUCAAACCAGAAACAGGACGAUACAGUGUAAUCUGGGUUCAGUGGGUGUUGGGACAUCUGACAGAUGAUGACUUUGUGGAUUUCUUUGAGCGAUGUCAGUUAGGACUAGCACCAGGUGGAUUGAUAUGUGUCAAGGAAAAUAUUACAAAGACUGGAGUGGAUAUGGACUCUGAGGACAGCAGUGUAACUAGGUCAGACGAGAAGCUUAGAGAAUUAUUUGCGAAGUCAUCACUCACUGUGAUCAAGGAUGAAGUUCAGAAGAACUUUCCUGGAGAACUCUACAGAGUGAAAAUGUAUGCAAUGAGGCCAAAAUCAUGACACACUGCCGAGCUGAAGUUACAAUGUAAUAUAAAGUUCACCACACCUAGCUGGCCAUUGUUAAGUGAAACUAGCGUUUUAAAUUUUGAUUGCCAGCUUUGAGAUAAGCGACAGAUGCAUUUGUGCAAGAGUCUUGUAGAGUUAAAGAGUGUUUUCAAUAAUUUUAUCUUCCAAUGACAUAGUGAACGGUUUAAAGCCAGGUUAGUUUUUCUGGCAUAUUUUGCCCGAAAAAUCUCCUCAAGAAAUCGUUACUGGCCCCUUUUUAUUCCAGAGACGCAUAAUCCGAAAGCGGGACGGUUUGUCACCUACACUAUGCUCUAAGUUCGUCGUUCAACACGCACUUAAGCUGACAGUUUGUUUCGGUGGACCAUCCGUCCUGCAUCUUUUUUUUAUACAAACAGAAAAGUCGUUAGUUCGUCGUUGAAGAUACACUGAAGCAGAUGGUGCAUAAUCCGCCUUUUGUACUUUUUAUACUGCGACGCGUAAUAAAUCGCAUUUAAGAAAAAAAUAAUUUUCCCGAUUUCGCCCUAACGGGUUAUGCAUCUCUAGUAUAUAAAACGCCCAUUGCUCGACCAGCAUGUGCUACUUGUUCGUCACAAUUUUGGUGUCGUAAUAUUGUAAACAUCAGCUUGUGCUGGAUUUGAUAAAUUCUAGCCUACGUGUAGCCGUACCCACCCUCCGGGAUCUGGCGCCGGAUUUGGACGAAAUAGUGUCUUCCUACGCAUAAAUGUAGCGAGCGAAUGUUGCCAAAUUGUUUAAACGUAAACAUGCAUUCAUCUGGAGAUUUGGACAAAUUCUUACUUGAAAUAGUAAUUCGCCAUUCUGGUCGCCACAAGCACUUGACGGAAGCAGUUAAAAAAAGUCUUUUAGCAGUUAAGAGUCUUUUUAAUUGCUUUCGUCGGGUGCUUCUUUCAGACUCGUUUUCACAGUUUCGUUACCCGGCUUGGCAAUUUUUUUUUCGAAUCCUAAAUUUUAGACAAUAAGUGCUUUCGUGGUGAUGCCGUUAGUAAUCAUUUUUGUAGAUUUUAUGAAUAAAUUUAUUAAACUUGCGAUUCCAUUCCAAA